CCCGCUCCUCGGACCCUCGCGGCCGGCGACAGACCCGGAGAGCUCCCGCUUCGCUGCCGCCCGCGCCGUGUGGCCUGCGGUGGGGGCCCCGUGCCCCGAGAGCCGGCGGGAGGAUGUGCGUCCCCGCGGGCCGACCCGCCUGAGCCAUGCGCCCCCUCGGCGGCGGCGCGCCGGCCGGCAUGGAGCCCCGCGCGGCCGCGCUCUGACUCGCUGUGCGCCCCGCGGCCGGCGGGCGGCGGGUGGCGGCGGCGGCCCGAAGCCGAAGAGCGGCGCCACGGGACGGGAGCGAGCGGGCGCGGGCGCCGCGCAGAUGGCCGGGGCAAGCAAGGUCUGAGGCUGGGUUCCCUGAAACGUGACCAUGUGGAUCCAACAGCUUUUAGGACUCAGCUCCAUGUCCAUCCGCUGGCCCGGCCGCUCUCUCGGAAGCCAUGCUUGGAUACUGAUAGCCAUGCUGCAGCUUGCGGUCGACUUCCCGUCCUGUGACUCACUAGGCCCCGGGCCCGAGUUUCGGCUCCUGUCACGCCCACAGAGGCCCCAGAGGCUGUGGAGUCUGAGAAGUGGACCCCCAACGAGGCUACCGACACCGGCCUGGAGUCCCCGGGCCGCCCGGGCCGAACGUGCCCACGGGCCCAUACAGAUGCAGACUCCCCGUGCUCGGAGGGCCCACAGGCCCAGGGACCAGGUUGCCACCCUCGGACCCAAAGGGGGACUCACCAAGCCCCCAGCUGCCACCAGGUCGAGCCCUUCCCUCGCCUCUGCGACGGCCUCAUCCUCCAUAGUGACUGCUGGGGCUGCAGAACACCAGAGCCUCCUAAGACGGGGUAGGAGGCACACACACGAUGCAGAGUUCAACGAUUUCGACUUCCGUGGUGGCAGGCCCACGACAGAGACAGAAUUCAUAGCCUGGGGGCCUACGGGGGAUGAGGACGCACUGGAGUCCAACACCUUCCCUGGUGGUUUCGGCCCCACCACGGUCUCCAUCUUGCAAACACGGAAGACAACGGUGGCCACCACCACCACCACCACCGCGGCCAGCACGGCCACCGCCAUGACACUGCAGACUAAGGGGGUCACCGAGUCCCUGGAUCCCUGGAAAAGGACCCCUGUUGGGGUUAGCACAACGGAGCCUUCCACUAGUCCCAGCAACAAUGGGAAAGACAUCCAGCCCCCCAGGAUCUUGGGGGAGACCUCAGGUCUGGCCGUGCAUCAGAUCAUCACCAUCACUGUCUCCCUCAUCAUGGUCAUCGCCGCGCUCAUCACAACUCUUGUCUUAAAAAAUUGCUGUGCCCCAAGCGGGCACACUCGGAGGAACAGCCACCAGCGGAAGAUGAAUCAGCAGGAGGAGAGUUGCCAGAACUUGACGGACUUCACCCCGGCCCGGGUGUCCAGCAGUGUGGACAUCUUCACCGCCUAUAAUGAGACACUGCAGUGUUCCCACGAGUGUGUCAGGGCCUCCGUGCCCGUGUAUGCCGAUGAGACGCUGCACUCGACCGGGGAGUACAAGUCCACGUUCAACGGAAACCGAACCUCCUCUGCGGAUAGGCAUCUCAUCCCUGUGGCCUUUGUGUCUGAGAAAUGGUUUGAAAUCUCCUGCUGACUGGCCGAAGGCUUUUUACCUCCUGGGGGCGGGGCAGACGCCAUGUGUCUGUUUCAUGGAUUCCGUUGGUGAACUUGUACAAACAAAACAACAAAACAAAA